GUGUUUCAGUGAGCUGAUCAUUUGUUGUUCAAUGAGCCGAUGGAAUAAAAAUUCGAUUAUGCAUCCAACUGUAAAGCGGGAGGUAUGAGAUAGCCUACUUAUAAAAAUGUGAGCAGUGACGCGUACACGGAAUUGGCUGGCGUUUGGAACAGUGCGACAGCUGUCAAUUUGAAAUUUGAUAAAAGAGAAGAAGACCGAUAGAGAGAAAGAAGAGGAGAGAAACAAACAAAAAAAAACACAGUGCAGCGUUUGAACUGCCGUGAAGUUGGUCCUUUGAUACGAAUAAUUUCAUUCCCUGUACAUACACACAUAGAGAGGCAGUGUGUUAAAUAUUGAGGCAUCGUAUGUACUCUUCCACAUUGUAACAUUGUAUUAACCGAGUAGUCGUCAAGUGGAAAAAGGCAAUUAGAAAACAGAACCGAUAUACCGUGCAAAUCGUUUACAUACAAACAACACACGAAACAUUUUUCGACACUCAGAGGGACAGUGAUUGAAAAUUCGAAAGAACGUUUCCACACUUCAACCAUGCCACAGUGUGAUUGCCAAACAGUUUUAAUUUUGUGAUACAUAUAUGUAUAUAGACUUUUACGUACAUGUGCUAGUGAAUUUUCCUGACAGAACAAAAAAAAAAGAAUUACUGACCUGAUAAAAGUGACCGAUUCGUUUGUACGAUUUUCAAAAAGGGAUUUCGAUAUCCGAACAAAAGUAGAAAUGUUCAUUUUGGUGUAGUGAAAAAUUCAUACAUAUAUAAGAUUUAAAAUAAAAACAGCACACAGAGAAAGAGAUGAUCUGUGCUGUCAAAAGAAUAUCAUUAUUUUUCUCUCUUUUGUUUUUGUUUUGGUUAUAAUUUCUUUGAUGUUUUGUUUUUGUCGUUGAUUUUUCUCGGGAUUUCCCUUCGAUUUUUUAUUUCGCGUGUGUACCCGUUUUGGAACCGAAAGUGAACGAGAACAAUAGAAAAAAAAAUUCGCCAGCAUUAAAUUGCAUUUGAUCAAAAACGAAAAUUAGUUUAAAUAAAACGAAAAGAAAACAAUAAACGGAAUUUAUUCAUUGAAAAAAAAAAACACGAAAGUGCAGUUCAUUAUUUUGUUCAUUCGCCUCUCGUGCGUGUGUGUUUAUUUUUCGCUUUUCUCGUUAAGCAUCUUUAAUUGUUUUCUUGUGAUUACAAAGUGUAUUUGCAUACAAACACUGCUGUGGUGCAGUGUGUAUGUAUGUGUUUGGGAUAGAGUGAAGCAGGAAAAUUGACCAUUCGUCAUCAACGAAUUUCGUUUUGUUGUUUUCAAAAUACACUUGACGAACAAAUAGACAUAAAUUUUAAUGAGCGACAUUGAUCGAUUGUGAUUGAAUAGAACGAUUUCACAACACAGUGACUACAUUACUAGAACAAGAGGACGACAGCAGCAGCAGCAGCAGCAACAACAACAAAUACAAACAAUUCGUUCAACAAAAUGGGUCGAUUUUCAGGGAAAAAAUGUCGCCUUCUCACCAUGAUGGUGUUGACUGGAUUUUUUUUCUUUGUGGAAAUCAUAGUCGGCUAUGUAACAAAUUCAAUGGCAUUAGUGGCAGAUAGUUUUCACAUGCUGGGUGAUAUAGCGGCGCUGGUCAUAUCGUUUUUAUCUGUAAAGAUGUCACCAAAGAAAUGGUCCAAAAAUACAUUCGGAUGGGCUCGUGCCGAGGUGUUGGGCGCUCUAGUGAAUGCCGUAUUCUUAGUAGCUUUAUGCUUUAGCAUCACAAUCGAAGCGUGUAAAAGAUUUAUUGAAGAGGAACCAAUUCACAAGCCAGAGCUAUUGUUAUUCGUUGGCUGUAUCGGGCUUCUAGUCAAUUUAAUUGGAUUGGUUUUGCUUUAUGAACAUGGUGGACAUCACGGUCAUUCACACGGUAUUGCACGUUCGAAUAAUAAACUGGCUCAAUUGACAAACACUGAUGACAAUGAAAACAAUUCAUUUGUCUACGCGGAAGGGGAUCAGAAACAAGCGAGCAAAUCGAAUGGCCACAAUCACUCUCACAACUCGACGCACAUGAAUAUGCGCGGUGCAUUUUUGCAUGUGCUCAGUGAUGCGCUUGGAAGUAUCAUAGUUGUGAUUAGCGCCUUAGUUGUGUGGUGCACCGAAUGGAGAUACCGUUACUUCAUGGAUCCAGCACUUUCCAUUCUGCUUGUUAUCCUCAUUCUAAGUUCCGUGUGGCCACUUUUGCGCGAAAGCGCUUUGAUUCUUUUACAAACGGUUCCAACUCAUAUUCAGGUUGAUGCCAUUCAAAGACGACUACUUGAGAAAGUUGACGGUGUGUUGGCCGUUCAUGAAUUUCACGUGUGGCAAUUAGCUGGUGAUCGUAUCAUUGCAUCAGCUCACAUUAGAUGUAGAAAUCUAUCCGAAUAUAUGAAAAUCGCCGAAAAGGUCAAAGAAUUCUUUCAUAACGAAGGCAUUCACUCAACCACCAUUCAGCCAGAAUUUUUGGAAAUUGAAGGUUUAUUCAAUACCGACGAUGGUAUCACCACAGCAUUGAAUGUGAAUGGUUCUCAGGACGGUUGUGCUCUGGAUUGCCCAACCACAGACGAAGGAUGUGUUAAAGCCACUUGCUGCCAAACAAAUAACAAGAAUCAACAGCCAUCACCAUCGGCAUCACCAUUUUUGGUUCGUCAAAGAAACUCGAAUUCACGAAAUGAAAGUGACAUUGAGACAGGUUCUUUGCUGAAGUCGACAAACAAAGCGGCACCGACAAUAGUCCCGUCUCAAAAUGCUGAAAACCAACAUCUGUCAGUUUGACGAACAAAACCAAGCAACAGUGAUAAAAACAAUUUAUUAUACCACGUAGACUUAGCUAAAAUGAGUUUAAGUAAAUAAUUGGUUUUGUACUGUUAAAAAAAAGAACAAGAACAAAAAAUUUAAUAAAAUGAACAAAAAAAUGACACAUACAAACAAACAAAGAAA